UCUGCCCGCGUCUCCAGGAGGGCAGCGGCACACGUGCCCAGCCGCGAGACCGCACGCCGCAGGCUUGAGAAAGGAAACCCCUGUAUUUGCCACAAUGCUUUCAUCCAGUGACUUUGCAUCUGCUUCUUGGGAGCUUGUGGUCCGAGUUGAUCAUCCAAAUGAAGAAGAGCAGAAGGACAUUACACUGAGAGUGUCUGGAGACCUGCACAUUGGGGGAGUGAUGCUCAAGUUAGUGGAACAGAUAAACAUAGCCCAGGACUGGUCAGACUUUGCCCUUUGGUGGGAACAGAAACAUUGCUGGCUUCUGAAAACACACUGGACUCUGGACAAAUGUGGGGUCCAGGCAGAUGCAAAGCUUGUCUUUACCCCUCAGCAUAAAAUGCUUCGCCUCCGCCUGCCAAACAUGAAGACAGUGCGAUUGCGAGUCAGCUUCUCAACUGUGGUCUUCAGAGCUGUCAGCGACAUCUGCAGAGCCCUGAAUAUUAGAAGAGCAGAAGAACUGUCCUUAUUAAAGCCUUCAGGUGAAUAUUUUAAAAAGAAGAAGAAAAAAGAAAAAAAUAAUAAGGAGCCCAUAAUUGAAGAUAUUUUAAACCUGGAGGGUUCUCCAACAAUUUCAGGUCCAUCUGUAAGUCCUGGCUUAUACAGUAAAACCAUGACCCCCACAUAUGACCCCAUAAAUGGAACACCAGCAUCGUCCACAAUGACUUGGUUCAGCGACAGCCCUCUGACAGAACAAAACUGCAGCAUCCUGGCAUUCAGCCAGCCCCCACAAUCACCAGAAGCACUUGCUGAUAUGUACCAGGCUCGGUCUCUGGCUGACAAAGCCAAGCUUAACGCAGGUUGGCUAGACUCCUCACGUUCCCUUAUGGAGCAAGGCAUCCAGGAGGAUGAGCAGCUGCUGUUACGAUUUAAAUACUACACUUUCUUUGACUUGAACCCCAAAUAUGAUGCUGUCCGAAUAAACCAACUCUAUGAACAAGCCAGGUGGGCCAUUCUCUUAGAAGAAAUUGACUGCACAGAGGAAGAAAUGUUGAUCUUUGCAGCACUACAGUAUCACAUUAGCAAACUGUCGUUGUCCACUGAAAUACAGGAUUUUACAAAUGACUCUGAGGUUGACGAAGUAGAAGCAGCACUUUCUAAUUUGGAAGUGACCCUGGAAGGCGGAAAAGCAGACAACACUUUGGAGGACAUUACUGAUAUCCCUAAACUUGCAGAUAAUCUCAGAUUAUUUAGGCCCAAAAAGCUAAUAUUAAAGGCUUUCAAACAAUAUUGGUUUGUCUUUAAAGACACAUCUAUAGCCUACUUUAAGAAUAAGGAGCUUGAACAAGGAGAACCAGUUGAAAAAUUAAACCUUAGAGGUUGUGAAGUUGUGCCAGAUGUAAAUGUAGCAGGGAGAAAAUUUGGAAUCAAAUUACUAAUCCCCGUUGCUGAUGGUAUGAAUGAAGUGUAUCUGAGAUGUGACCAUGAGAGUCAGUAUGCCCAGUGGAUGGCUGCCUGCAUCUUGGCAUCAAAGGGCAAAACCAUGGCAGACAGCUCCUACCAGCCAGAGGUCCUCAACAUCCUUUCUUUUCUGAAGAUGAAAAACCGGAACUCAGCAUCUCAGGUGGCUUCUGGUCUUGAAAACAUGGACUUGAACCCGGAAUGUUUUGUGUCACCUCGGUGUGCAAAAAAGCACAAGUCUAAACAGCUGGCAGCCUGCAUUCUGGAAGCCCACCAGAACGUGGCCCAAAUGCCCCUGGUCGAAGCCAAGCUGCGGUUCAUCCAGGCAUGGCAGUCUCUACCUGAAUUUGGCCUCACCUACUACCUUGUCAGAUUUAAAGGAAGCAAAAAAGAUGACAUUCUGGGAAUUUCAUAUAAUAGGUUGAUUAGAAUUGAUGCAGCCACUGGGAUCCCAAUUACAACAUGGAGAUUUACAAAUAUGAAACAGUGGAAUGUAAACUGGGAAAUCCGGCAGGUGGCUAUCGAGUUUGACCAGAACGUCUCCAUUGCAUUCACCUGCCUGAGUGCGGAUUGCAAAGUCGUGCAUGAGUACAUUGGAGGCUACAUUUUCCUGUCCACCCGCUCCAAGGACCAGAAUGAAACGCUCGAUGAGGACCUGUUCCACAAGUUGACCGGCGGCCAGGAGUGAGCAAAGUAGGCCUGCUGGGCCUACACAGAAGGCGGCCUCCCCCGGGCUGGGUCCAUGGCACGCAAUGUGUGGUAUGCUCCAGGCUGACAGCAUAUAUUCCCAUGGACACCCAGACCCUCUCCUUAUUUCAGACACCCUGCCUAGCACAUCCCUCCCCCAACUCUUCCCUCUGUCACCUGUGGUGAAAGGAGCCUCAGUUAACCUCUUGUGUAAAAUGUGGGGUGGGAGAGAGCACCAUGCUUGGCAUUGCUCUAAAGCCCUGCAUGUAGCUACAGUUCUGUGACUUGAAGAGCCUUCGCCUACGGGUUGGAAGCUGCCCGUGUGUUUAUCUGCUUUGUUGCUAAGUCAAAGGAAAGCCAUGUAGCACAUGUAGUAAGCAAAAAUCUUAUUCCCCAAACUCAGAUAUGAAAAGAAAUAGGUCUUUCCUUAACAGAAGUGCUUUUAACUGCCAUCUUGUGAAAAUGGUAGAGGGAGCCCUGAAUAUACUUAUGUCCUGGGAAUUAAGGUCUAGGGUAUAGGCCUGGGGGAAGGUGGGGUUACCUGGUACCAGCUGGUGACAAGGUGUCAGAGUAGUGGCCCUCGGUGUCAUGAGUCCAGAGUGACAUCUGCCAAGGUGAUCAUUGACCCAUCUUGUCUUGGACACAGGUUACCGCCCCCACCCCACCGCCACCCCCGCAAGUCCCAGUCCAUUCCAGCCACCUUUAAGUCCUUCUAAAGAUGUGAUAACACAUGGGUUCUGGGAAUCCUAACGCCUCAAAACUGCUUUCAUGUCUCCAAAGCUUCUACUCUGGGCUGGGGCUCAAGAAGAUGGGUCCAGUUCUCUCUUUAUAAAACCACCUCAUGUUUUGAGGCUUCCAGCAAAGUUUCCAUCGCAACCAGUCAGGGAGAGAAGAGGAGGACAGCCCAUCUCCAAAGCCCACCAAAUUUAAGAGCUCUUGGCAUCCCUAGAGACUUCCGUCUACUGGGCCUUUGGCUGGUGGGUGGGUGGGGUAGGGAAGCCUUGCUGUAAUCACUCUCAACAGUGUUCUCCUAGAUCUGUGUCUGUUUACAUGACCGUGUGUGCCCAGUUGUGUCCGACUCUUUGUGACCCCAUGGACUGUGACCCACCAGGCUCCUCCAUCUAUGGAAUUUUCCUAGGAAGAAUACUGGAGCAGGUUGCCAUUUCCUGCUCCAGGAGAUGACUAUAUAGCAUCACCAACUCAAUGAACAUGAAUUUGACCAAUUCUGGGAGACAGUGGAGAACAGAAGAGCCUAGCAUGCUACAGUCCAUGAGGUCACAAAGGGUCAGACAUGACUUAGCAACUGAAGAACAACAUAUGACUCGUGGCCUUUCCCCUAAAGGCUUUUGGCUUUUGUAAAUCAAAAGCUGAUAACAAACUUUUUUUUUUCCUCUGCUUUUUGCUUUGUCAUCUCUGCCAUGAGACAUGAACAUGGGCCAAUUAACAGCUGCCUCAAUUGUCAUUUUCUGUUUUGGUUUGUCACUGUUGGGAUGAGUGAGUUUUAAGAAAGUAAAAAGCCGUACGGGGGAUAGAAGGAAAUAUGAGAUGUAUUUUGUUAUGUUUUUAUAAAUAUUCUUCUGUCACACAAAGGAUAUGGGUUACAAGGUUAAGGCCGAGACUCCCUUUCCACUUUGAAGUUGUUUUAGGAUGCAGACCUCAGGGGGCCUGGCUGGACCUCAGAUGCCUGAAGACAUCCACUGUUGCUUUAUUUUCCAGCAGAGCUAUUUGAGAAGACAGAUCUUUGCAAUUCUGGGGGCCACCUCAAGACAGCCUUGGCUGGGGACUCUUCAGCCCUGAGGCAGAAGUUGUCACUGGAAGUUCCUCUUUCAGCCUCACCUUAGAAGUGAAUGUUAGUGAAGAAUCUUCAGGCAAUACCUGAACUUCUGGAGGCCUAGCUUAAAGAUUAAUUGUGCCUCAAGCACUUGACUAAUCUGGUCCGUGUCAUAAAGAACUGAGUUUGAAACAUUCUAUACAGAAACCAAUGCCAGGUGAACUGUGUUGAACUUGGUGGUCAUUUCUCUAUAGUCCUGGGCCCCCAUUAUUUUAGAACCUAACUGGGCCCUACAUUAAAACAGUACUCCUUGA